UUUCUCCUCUCAAACCUCAAAAAAAAUCUUCCAUAUCCAUCUCUCAAUUUUCUUAAGUCUUUUUCUAACUUUAAUCUUAUCGGAUAAACAUGAUAUAACAUCCAUUUUUGAGCUGAAAAUCACUCAGUUUUAUCAACUUUUAACAGGAGUUCUAGUGAAAAAAAUUGAUUUUUUUUUGUUAGAUUCGUAUCUAAUCUUUAAAACAGCUUCUGGGUCUUUCUCAAACUUCAUUUUCCUCUUAAAAACAUGUUAUAGACAUCCAUUUUAAGCUUAAAAACACUCAGUUUCAUCAAUCUUUAACAGAGUUCUAGUGAAAAACUCGAGGAAAAAAAAAUAGUUUCAUCUUUAAUCCUUGAAACAGCUUGUGGGUCUUUUUCAAACCUCAUUUUCCUCUCAUAUCAUUUUGAGUUUAAAAACAGUCAGUUUCAUCAAUCUUUAACAAAGUUUCAUAAAAAAUUGAACUUUUUUUUUUUUAAGUAACAAUGACGUCUUCUGAUAAUUUAAUGACAAUGGAGCAAUGGUUUUUUCGUUCUACCUUUAAUGAACCUUGGUUUCCAGAUACGUCUGCUAAAGAAACCGAAGCCUUAACAAAAGUGCUUCAACAAAAAUCAUCAUUUUCCGUUGAUGACGUCAUGCCUACGGUGGAAAUGACGUCAUCCCCGUUUAUUCAGACACCGACUGUUUCCGGCGGGUCGGAAAACGAGACCGCCGUGUCUAAACGGCGGAGCAACGGCGGCGUCAGCAACAAAAAGAUCGUUAAGCGUAAGCCACGCGCUUCAAAGCGCGCGUUGACUACGUACAUAACUGCUGACGUGGAUAGUUUUAGACAGAUGGUGCAGGAGGUGACCGGUGCGAAAUUUGGUGGGAACGGACACGUGGCGGUUUGUUCUGUUUUGAAACCGGAGCCUAGACGACCGGUUGACCGGGUACAGCAAGUUAGCUGUUUACCUACACUUGACACGUCAGCUUUUUUACUGGACCCCACUUCGUCGUUUAUGCAACCACCAACACACGCGCCGCCGUCUGCGGUGGUUGGUGACGGUGGUUAUUGUUUUGACUCUUUUUCGGGGUUUCCUACCCUUGAAUCAGGAAUGUAAUGAUGCUAAUGUUAGUAGUACUAGUAGUUAAAGUACUUAUUUUGUAAUAUUAGGGACUGUAUUGUAAUUUUAUCUUUGUAGUUAAGGGAGGGGUAAAAUGGGAAAAUCAGAUCUGUUCAUAGUUGUUGUAGCUUUGGGGAUACAAUGUUUCUGAUGCUGAAAUGAAUCAUUAGAAGAUGAUGUUUUCUUUCUUGA